CGAGCACUGAUCGCAAUUCGUCCCGACUUCUACUCCGCGCCUUCCUACCCCUCGUAUCCAACCGGGAUUUUUUUCCUCCAUGAAAGAAAGUCACUCGACCUCUCGCCUCGAUUAGGAAUCCCAGUGCCGCCACUCAGGUGCAUCAACAUCUCGAGCAAUCUUCUCCUACUGUUCUAAUUCUAAUCAGCAUCCCUGAUGGUGACAAAACUGAAAAAGAUUCAAAAUUUUGAAGAUAAUUGAGGAUAAACAAUUGAUGUUGAUAAGAGAGGUUUUUACUUUGAUAAUAAUCACCAGAUGAAAACUCCAGGUGACUUAUCUGUUUCCUGAUGAGUGCAUCCUCUCAUACAUGGAGUUUCAGCUGGAUAGCGCAGAGUAUUGUCAGGCUCAACACAAAUAAAGAGGAACGACGUAGCGUCCCAAUACUACAAAGAUACACACUGAAGUAAGAAAAAGAAGCAGAAGACCAUCUUUAUUAAGAGGGGAAAGAUACUAGAAAUAUCUAGAACAUUGCCCGAAAGCCAGAAAUCAUCAGCUAGUCAUCAUACAAGAAAUAGAAGAAUUUAUUAGAUGCAAUUGUUUAAUUUACCCUAUCAUAUGCAGGCAUUGUAGUCACUGAGCGCACCUUAUCUGGGAGCACCCAGUGCCAAAUAGAUAAUCUUCCGAGUAGUCGAAAAAAAAAAAUUUCCCUGAGUGGGAACAAAGCGCAUAUCAGGAACGCCUAAUGUAACGUAGCUCACACCCUUUCGGCGAGAUUCGCACCCUAACCACCCACCCCAAGGUUUACAUGUAAACCCAUUGUUCUGUCCUCUGUAUAAAAAUAACGAGUAUUUAAUUUGUUAAAUGAAAAACAACAUUAUAAGACUGAAACCUAUGGGCUAAACUGACGAACCCAGCCUUUGUUGCUUUGAACAGAGUGGUUGUCUUGAGUUGCAGUAGAGAUUGAGAAAAGAGAGUUUUAACAAUUUUUUUGAAAGAAGGGAGAAAAUCAGAGUUAAGAGACGGGUGUACUUUUCCUCUUGUUGGCAAGAAGGAAAUGAGCAUCAUGACGUUCAAAGACAUCAGACCGGCACCAGCCGAAAUUGAAUUCAAAAACAUGAAGUUCCUCAUCACUGAUCGGCCCAGCGAUCAGAGCAUCCAUACUUUUAUUCAAGAACUGAAGAGGCACAAUGUGAAAGAGGUAGUAAGAGUUUGUGAACCAACGUACAAAGUCGACGAACUCAGACAAGAGGGCAUCGACGUCAUAGACUUGGUUUUCGAUGAUGGCACCUUUCCACCAAAUGAGGUAGUAGACGAGUGGUUCGAACUAUUGAAAAAUCGAUUCCGAGAAUCACCUGAUGCAUGCGUUGCUGUCCACUGUGUAGCAGGACUUGGUAGGGCACCCGUCCUAGUUGCUCUUGCUCUCAUCGAGCUUGGCCUCAAGUACGAGGACGCAGUUGCUUUAAUCAGAGAGAAGAGACGAGGUGCUAUCAAUGCGAAGCAACUGGCCUAUUUGGAAAAGUAUCGUCCAAAGUCUCGACUGAAGCUCAAGAACGGCCAAAAGAACUCUUGCUGCGUCCAGUAGAUAAUAAAAGAAUUCUUUCUCUGGAAGCGACUAUAAUAAUUGCCACUGAUUGGUACACAUUAUUGUUAUAAGUUUAUUGCGCCAGACGACAAACUGACGUGUCGUGCCGUUUCUAUCUUGAAAUCGUCUGUCAAUGGAAAUGCAACCAAGUCUAUUUACUGUCAAUCAAGUCGUCACAAAGCGAUUUAUUUUUAGAAAAUAUUAAUUCAAAUUCUCCUGGUUCUUUUCGCUCCUAGGACCGGUUCGCUUCUUCUCGAAAAAUUUCCCAAUUCCUUUUUAUCGAUUGUCAAUUUAAUUCAGUGCUUCGAGCGCAUUUGUCCAACUCUUGACAAGACAUUUUUUACGAUUAGUCUAAGCUCUUGGUGACACAUCAAUUUUAAUUCGUGUGUUUCUUGUUUUUAAGGGAUCUGUAAACAAAAUAAUGUCCUCUUAAACGUGUUUUUGAUCAAUUCUAAUAAUUCGACAUUGAAAUUAUUUGAUGAACUAGUAGAGGAAACGAAGAUCUUUGAUUGCGGAGCUCUUUUUUUUCUCAGGAAGGGGGUGGAUUCUCUUUGAUAAUCUUCCGUUGAGAGAGUUCCACCGUCAAUAUAAGUAUUUGAUAAACGUAUUUGCCUGGCGACUUCACAAAAUCAUCCUUCAUAUUAUUUUCUUUUUUUUUUUUAAAAGCCCUGUGAGAAGUGACUAGUAAAAUGAUCUAUUGCGUUUUGUAUACACACGCAUAGUAAUCUAGGUAAUAACGAAUUGUAAAUUAUAUUUUGUAAUGAGACGCGUUUUCUUCUCGCUGAUAGCGCAAAAAAUUUUUUUGUCAGCUGGUGCUCGAAUUCAAUUGAAGGUGGAGCGCCAAAAGGCUGAUUUUUAACGCACGAAUCGCGAGAGUCAAGCGUCUGAAAUCUGUACAUUAUUAUUCGAAAGAAGCGCGCGACGACAAGAAAGAUGAAAUUUGCCUUGAAAAAUCGGUUCUUGUUUUUUUUUUCCUCGAAAAUUUUCCUCCCUUCAGUUUUCGAAGACUGAUUUUUUUUUAAAUAUCAUUUAAUCCGCGGGUUCAUCUUUCUUUUUAAUUUGUGCAAUGACCUCUACCAAACAUCACAUUCGUGUAGGCAUAUUUUAGUCUUUUUUUUUUGUUCCUCCCACGUGAAAAUACUGAUAAAUCAGGUAUUAAUAUGUGCAGGAAAUGUUUCUUGAAUUGAAGGCAUUUCUGGGAGAAAGGAAAACUUUUGCAUCAUUUUUUAAAGCCUCGGCGAAUGAUGCUGGACUCGUAAAUUAAGACACUAGUGUAUAUGCGUCAACGAACUCGUAGUGGCAUUUUCAAAGUAUUUCAUCUCUCGUACAAUAUUUACGAAAAAUAAAAGAAGAAGAAAAAAAA